UAGAUCAUAUAAACAUGAUCUAAGGCAUAAAAAACUCGUAGGUUAUAAAUAGCGACUUAUUAAAAAGGGACUAAUAAAUAGACAGAUACGGAAGAAAAAUCUGCUCGGGUUAGAGGAAAACAAAAUAGGAAAAUUUCCCGCGUUAAUUUUAUUACCAGCAGAAGCCAUGUUGGUAAAAUUGUGAACAACAUCGUCAUAUUUAAAGAUGGUUGGUUGAAUUUUAAUUUUCUUUCAUACAGGAAAUAAUUGUAUCCUUUUCUAUAAGUUUACUUUUUGUAUAUUUGUUUUCGUUUAAUAAUUACGAGGUACAUAAACACUGAAAUUAUUAACGCCCGAUUUAAAAUUCUCCUGUAUGUGUAGCUACGUUAAACACCACCACACGUAGCUUUUAUUGAAGAAAUUGAAGCAGCAUUUGGCGCAGUUUUGUGUUUAGUGAUUUUAUAACACGUUGUUUUUAAUAUCGAGCACAAACGCCGUUUUUAUUGGUUCGUUUCUUUUGCUAUGAAAAUCAUUCCCGUGGAUGAAUAUGAGGUACCGCCUGUAAACAAUCCACAAAUUCCACCUAGGCCUAGGAGUAAUAUUCCGACUUUAAUCAUGAACAAUAAAAUGCCUAGGGGCCCUUUCAUUUCAGAUCCUAGCAUUGUCCCGAGAGUGCAAAAGUACCUCGAGAGCAAUGUUAAUAAAACGUACGUUGACAUCGACGUUAUGGCAGAUGACCUGCAAAAGAUGUACAAAGAUUACGCGAGACGCAAACGUAUCCCAUUCCGGAGUAGUGUGAAAAAAGCUUACGGGGUUGUUUUGAAGAAUUACGGCUUAAACGAGAAUCUCUCCUCGUCCGAGGAAUGUACGGAAGAAAGCGCAGGGGAAGAGCCACAGUUUGGGGAUUAUUUGAGUAAUCAGUUGCUCGACAUGUACAACCAACAGUCUCGCAAACCGCUAGACGAUAACGAAUUAAUCGAUAUAAGUAGCGACGAUUCGAACGAUAACACGACCCCAUCAAAUGCCAGACCGGCAAAUGGAGCGUCGACGUCCCAAAAACCGAGACACAACUUGUACCCCGUCUCGAUUACUGCGACGAAAAAGAAUAUCAAUCCCAUCACUUUAAAUCGAGGUAUGCAAAUGGAACCUGUUUCAAAUACCGAACAGGAGAACAAUCGGGAAAAGGAGAAUGAACGAGGUAAAAAGCGUAAGGGAGAGUUUAAGGAGAACGUCGCUCCCGUACAGCCGACAAUGAAGAGGCGGAAGCCGAUUUCUACGUUGCAAGCGGCGACUAUUACCUUUAAGGAUGUAGGGGGCUUAGAUAAAGUUUUGGAACACGUUUGUAAAUUAUUGGUUCAUGUAAGUCAUCCGGAAGUGUACAAGCAAAUUGGGAUUACACCACCGCGGGGAUUUCUGCUACAUGGGCCACCAGGUUGUGGAAAAACGCUUCUGGCUAACGCCAUUGCUGGGGAAUUGAACAUUCCUUUACUGAAAAUUGCUGGGCCAGAGCUUAUCGGAGGUGUUUCUGGUGAAAGUGAGGAACGGAUUAGAAACUUGUUUGAUCAGGCAAUCACGUCUGCGCCUUGUGUUCUUUUUAUCGACGAAGUAGAUGCCAUAAUUCCCAAUCGACAAAAUGCGCAAAAGGAAAUGGAGCGCCGCAUUGUCGCGCAAUUUCUGAGCUGUCUCGACGAUUUAAGUCAGAAUGAAAAUGGCAAUCGUGUAUUGGUCAUUGGUGCGACAAACCGUCCGGAUACGAUCGAUCCAGCACUGAGGCGCGCCGGCCGAUUCGACAGAGAGGUCUGUUUGGGCAUUCCAGAUUUACCCGCGAGGAUAGAAAUAUUGAAAGUGCUGACGGCGAAAUUAAAAUUGGAAGAAGGGUUUGACUAUACUAGUAUAGGGAAAUACACGCCGGGAUUCGUCGGCGCCGAUCUGAUGGCUUUAGCUAGGGAGUCAGCGAUGGCUGCAGUUAACAGAGUGUUUAAUAGUAUAAAAGAGAAACGCGAGCUCGAAAAGGCUAUGGCGCUGCAAAAGGCUUCGCAGGCUCUAUUAUUAAAAAAACAAAAUGCGGAGAGUAUAAAGGCAGAGGCGGAUUCGUCAAAACCAAUUGUGGUUGCAAAUGAAGACGAAGUUAGUGACUCUCUAGGCAAUGGCGAUAACGCUAUUGUUGUUAUCGACGACGAUCCCAAAUCGGACAAGGCAGAUACGGAAAGUACUCCGGCCCCUCCAAAUCUCAACGAGGAGGACUCUGAAAAACUACAGAAAGCUCUCCAAAUACUGCAUCCUCCAGAGAGCGUCUUGGAAGGAUUAAUAUCGUGGCUACACGAAAGGGCACCUCUUACCAAGGAACAGUUGAGCCAGUUGCACAUCACGAUGGACGAUUUUGCAGUCGCGUUAAAGGUAGUACAACCAUCUGCAAAACGAGAGGGCUUCGCGACGGUUCCCGAUGUCACCUGGGAUGACAUCGGCUCCUUACGAAAUGUACGCGAGGAAUUACAAAUGGCAAUUCUGGCCCCAAUACAACACGCCGAUCAGUUCAACGCCUUAGGGCUCACCACACCUACUGGCGUGUUACUAUGUGGCCCACCUGGAUGUGGGAAAACGCUACUGGCAAAAGCGAUUGCGAACGAAGCCGGUAUCAACUUUAUAUCGGUUAAGGGACCUGAACUUCUCAACAUGUACGUCGGCGAGAGCGAAAAAGCCGUCCGCGUGUGUUUCGAGAGGGCGCGAAAUUCGGCGCCCUGCGUGAUAUUCUUUGACGAGCUAGAUUCCCUAUGUCCGAAACGGUCGGAAACCGGCGAGGGCGGCGUGACAAUGCGGCUCGUAAACCAAAUGUUGACGGAGAUGGAUGGCAUCGAGAGUCGAACAGGCGUUUAUUUAUUAGCUGCGACGAAUAGGCCCGACAUAAUCGAUCCGGCAGUGUUACGGCCUGGUAGGUUGGACAAAAUUAUUUACGUCGGCCUGCCCUCGGCUGAAGAUCGUGUCGACAUACUUAGAACCAUUACAAAGAACGGCACAAAACCUCAACUUGCACCCGAUGUCGAUUUGGAGGUGAUUGGUAAAGCGGAGCAGUGCGAUGGAUACACGGGUGCAGAUCUUUCUGCGUUGGUGAGGGAAGCUGGUAUACAAGCACUGAAAGAAUUCAUGCUACAGACUGAUCAAAAACAAACCCCACUUGUAACAACUAUUCAUUUUAAACUUGCAGUAGCUAAAAUUCGCCCAUCUAUAACAGAAAAGGACCAAAAACACUACGAAAAAUUGAAGAAAAUAUAUUCUGUAGCAGUUGACGGAGAUGUGGAGGAAAUGGAGUACUCGUAAGUUUAAACAUAAGUUCAUUUUGUAUCAAAUUUGACUAGCUGUAAGUUUACCGCUUUAUAGUUGUCUGUCACAUUUUUUUAAACUGAACCAUAAUUUCAACUGUUUUUUUCUCCCGUAAUCGGUACGAUACAUUUUACUUGCUAGACCUUUCUGUACUUAUCAAUAUAAUUAUUAUUAAGAUAAUACAUUGUUUUUGUUC